GCAGACAGUCACUUCAGCAACCAGGGAGUCUGAGACUUGAAGACAGGAUAAUGGAUGUUACACUACUAAAGGAUGAAGUACAGCUCACAGAAAGCUCUACUGAUGGGAAGGAGGCUUUGGAAGGAAAGUCUGAGGUGCCACCAUCUUUAGCUAAAAUGAUGUCUUUAAUAUAUGGUCAUCAACACAAGCUUCGGCAAAUUGAAACAAAACUUAAAGAAUUAUUACAGAAUCAGCAAGUGUUAACUGAAGGACUUCGUGGUGAAAAUGAAAGAUUCAAGGAGGCGCACUCUACUUUCAAUUUGCCAAUAUUGCGACGAGCAAUGCGUCUACAGCAACAACAGCAGCAGAAGGCCCUUAAUCAAGAGCAACAAAGGGCUCAUCUGGCUGAAAGGGAAAAGCAUCUCAUUGCUCGUCCAGUCUGGGCCUCACAGCAAGAUGACCAAUGAUGAGGACUGAAAACAUAUUUUAGAAAAUGCAAGAAUUACUGUUAGGAUGCAGACAUGGGAUACACUCUACUGUACUAAUAGUACAAACAAUAGUUAGAAGAAAAUCUACUUUAAUAAAUUAGAAAUGCUUUUAGGGCCUAUAGAAAUAAUGACCUUUGGUAGUCCUAUGAUAUGAGGGCCAAAAAUAGACUAUCACUUCAUUUACUACUGGAAUAACUAUAUAUGGUUCCUUUUACCGUAAAACCAAGUACUGUACAGGGAUAUCUCGCUAUAUCCGGACCUAAGGUAAAAGAAAGGAUAGAUUGGCAAGGGUGAUUGUAGAAAAUGGUGGCUUGUUACAUUGCCUUGUGAAUUUACCUUGUUUACGGUGACCAGGCUUAAUAUUAUUUGUAGAACCAAUAAUUACAAAUGCACUUUAAUAUUAAUUCUACUUUGCUGUAAUCACUCAGUAAGGCUGGCUGGAUGAAGAGAGAACUCAACUGCAGCUGUCCUUUCAAACUCUUUUAUACAAGAGGUGAUGCCACAACAUGAUUAAAAUGAUUGACAACGAAAAUGCUUGCCUUCAACUUAGAUACGCGAUAUUUUAAAUACCUAUAAUACAUCCGCCAUUCCCUAGACAUCCAAUAUAUAUUUUCAUAUACUGUAUAUGACAGAUUGUAGACCAUAACCAGCCUAUCGUAAUGAUUGCUGUAAUAUACAGGGUAUCUAGCAAUAAUAAUUAUGGUAUGCUCUACAUUGCCUUACUACAGUAAGUCCCCCUAAGUUGAACUUUAUGGGGCUCAAGGUAGUCCAACUUAUGUAGGACCCCCUCUGGUAAAUUCAACCACCAUUUUGCUGAAAAAUCACAUCUAAAAGUAUAAUUAAAUUUAACAUUACUUAUUUCUAGUGUACUUACAUUAUAGCUUAUGAAUUUGUAGAUUAUAUUUAUCUGUACAGUUACACUUAAGACUAGCAUUUAUUUUUUGGUUUAAUCACUGUUGGAAUCGAGGAUGCGAGGUGGCAGAUCGGGGGUUACCACUAAUUCUGACUGAAGUGUAUGGCGAGUGAUGGCAGACCCUAGUCUGAUUAAUGGUGGUUUCCAUCCUAUGGAAGCUUGACUUAGGGAGUCUUAUACAAUAAUGUGUUAGUUGUUUCGCUGAUACUGAUUUUUUCCAAAAAUUAAAGAAAAAAUAAUGCGACAGUAAUGAACUACUUUGGGUAAACUUGGAACACUAAACAACCCCCAAAUUCCUCUGCCAUGUCCCAUCCCCAGUGCUCGUUUAUGCAUCACCGCUACCUUUGCCUGAUCUUAUCUGUUUUAGAGUGGGUAAAACUUUAUCAAAACCCUGUAAAAUGAAUGGAAAAUGCCCAGCAAAUGAUAUUUGUGCCUUUGAUAAGAAACAAACAAGGAAAAGUAUUAAUCUAGAAAUUAAGUUAGAUGUGUUAAGGAGUUUUGAAGCUGGUGAACAAGCUGUUGACAUCACCAGAAUGCUUGGCCUACCCACUAUCUUCAGUGAGUGUGAUCUAAACAGAGAAUGCAGCUCUACAAUUAACAAGUUAAUAACCAAUAACAUUAGCUGCUACAAUGAGCUGUACAAACAGAAGAAGAAGAAGAAAGCUGUCCAGGUUUUUUCCUUAAUAUUUUAACCCCCUCUGCACCAGGCUAUGGUAGGCAUACACACCUCUACCAUACAGGUAUGUGGGGGGUUCUAAAUUUACAAAGUGGUCAUGCAUGAUAUACACAGUGAAGAAAUACAUGUACUUGCCACAGGUUGGCAACAUAGAGGCUUGGAAGGUUCAAGUAACUGACAACGGAUCUGCUGAUGGUCAAGAUCUCUACUGCUGCUUGGGUAAAAACAUGUGAGGUGCCACUGAGAAGGGAGGCAUGUGUGAUCGAGCCAAAGAUAAUGGCCUACUUGGCAACAAGAACUAACCAGGCCCAUGUGGUAUUAAUAUUGAAACAGUUUAUUUAGCCCCCCAAAAGUACAUAAAGAGUGAACAAUAUUAAUACUAUGACAUGGCUGAGCCAAUUGAGAGCUUGAGCUCUCUUAGAGUACCACAAAAUAAUAUCUGUCAUAUGAUGGGAACAGAAAACUGGGAUUAAAUAUCCAUCCUUAAAUGAAGAAGCAGGCAAUCCUGCAACUUUGUCUCCAAAAUCCCCCACUCCCUAUUACGGUUGGUGUAUAUAAAGGUAUGCAGUUUCCUUAACCAACUGGUAAAUGUUGUACAGUACUUUUAGGAAUCUCUCCAUUAGCCAGAAUCUUUGAUCCCCAGAACUCUCUGAUAACCAGGAAAAAAAUUAUGAGCAUUCCUGGAAAAAUUUCUCGAUCCUGGUCAUGGGAACGAAUUUCCAAGACUUGCAUCUAUGUGCAUUUCUAGAAAAUAAUGAGAAAAACAGGAGAAAUUGCAUCAUAUUUCCGAUGCGGUAAUGCGUGGGUGAUUAGGCUCAGAGUGCUUGUGAACUAGGAUUGGCCACUAAUGUAAUGUGAUUACAUGGGAUGCCUAUGAUUGGCUGAUGUAUCUUGUAGCCUAUCUCCUCAAACUCUAACAUCAUGACACUCUUAGUUCAUAAUCUGCUGCCAUUGAACAAGCUUAUUCACUUGCUCGCUGAUGUUUUUGUAUACAAUCUGUGUUGUACAGUACUGUAUAUUACUGUACCAGCACAUAAUCAGCUAAGAAGUACCAUUAAAGCAGUGUUAAGACAUAAAAAGCUAGUAAAGUUACUGAUUGUAUACUGUACUGUACCUUCAGUAAGUGUGAGAGUACCAUGUGUACAGUACUGUACAUAGCAGAGUGGACAGUGUAUGCUAGUGUUUGAAGGGUGUAUGUACAGUAUACAGUGCAUGUAUAAUCCCUCCUUCAUGGAGGGAGAAGAGAGUGACUGACUGUUAAUAACACCUGCUUCAGGAGAUGGUUACAGGAUAAAGGCAGGUCAACCUGUAUCAUCAUAUCCCCAUUUGGCCUGUCUGCAUUACAAGUUUAAGACAUCAGCAUCUGCUGGUGAGUACAGUAUAGUGUAUACCAGCGUCCCCAACCUGGAGUUCAGGCACUAUGGCACCCACAAAACCAUAUUUGGAGCCUGCAGGGGUUUAUUAGAAAAUUUUGAAAUAUUUGGGAUCUUUUGUCGGUGAAAAAUAAUUAAAAUAUGUACUAACUUGA